AAAUGCUUUUCUCGGGAAAAGGUUUGUAGAAAGUGAGAGAGAGAGAGAGAGAGAAAACCCUAAAGGCACCGAAUAGUGUUGGGCUGUCGUUUCGUCCUCUUCCUUUGAACGAACAUCGGAGUUUUCACCGACGAAUCCUCUCUCUACGAUUCGGGUCUUUCACUUUGGAUUCAGAAAUUGCACAAUUGUACUUUUGUUUCUUCUAGAUAAUUAGCUACCAAGAUGGAUGAUUGGGAAGCUGAAGACUUUCAACCAACUCCUGCUAAAGUUGAACUGAAAAGUAACUGGGAUGAUGAGGAUGUUGAUGAGAAUGACAUCAAGGACUCUUGGGAGGAAGAGGAUGAUGAUGAGCCUACUCCGGCAGCUGUAGUAAAGCCUGCUCCAAAGAAAGCAGCAGCAGCAAAAGUUGUUGAAAAGAAGGUUAAAUCUGUUGAAGAACCAUCAAAGGAAGAACCUUUUGAUCCAAUUGCUGACAAACUCCGCAUGCAGAGGCUAGUGGAGGAAGCUGAUUACCAGGCAACUGCUGAACUCUUUGGAGCAAAGACUGAAGCAAAAAGCGUUGAUAUUUUCAUUCCCAAGUCUGAAAGCGAUUUCUUGGAAUAUGCUGAGAUGAUAUCUCGUAAACUUGUACCUUAUGAGAAAAGCUUUCACUAUAUUGGCCUACUCAAAGCAGUUAUAAGACUUUCUGUGGCCAAUAUGAAAGCAGCUGAUGUUAAAGAAGUUGGUUCCUCCAUUUCGGCAAUAGGAAACGAAAAACUCAAGGCAGAGAAAGAUGCUGCUGCCGGCAAAAAAAAGACAGGUAAGAAGAAACAGCUGCAUGUGGAUAAACCUGAUGAUGAUCUUGUUUCGGGUCCUUAUGGCGCCAUGGACGACGAUGAUUUCAUGUAAAAGAAAAUGGCUUGGAGAUUGCACUUACUACCUAUGUAGGAUAUUGCAGCUAAGAAGAGGUUUAAAUCAUUUGCGUUUUUUUUUUUAAUUAUCUAUUGAAGCAACACAAAUUAGGAAAACAGAGUUGCCUUUUUCUCAGUCUUUCAUUUGCUCUAGCCUUCAUCUGAAAAAUUUAUGUAGUAAGACCUUCUUCCUUUUUGGCAAACACAUUUUUUUACUUUAUCAAAAUUACAAGGUACGGUAAUGUAAUUGUUACUUGCAAGUUUAAAGGACCAUGAGCAAUUCACGUGUA